CGAGGCUGCGACCGGUCAUCAAAUGCACACUCAACUCAAUUGGUGAGAAAUCUGUGGUUGGGGGCAGCUAUCUCCAGGCUGUCACUUGAUCGGAUGAGUAGGGGACCUGCCGGACACAUUUAUUUUUAGAAAAUUAGGUGCCGGUCAGACACAUGCUGUGGUAGGACUCCAGCAGGGAGUUGUAGUGCAGAUACUGUUUGCCUAACUGAUGAGUGGGUCAGACACCGAUGAGGGUAGAGUUGACGAUGCAAGGCUGACACGUUCGAGAUCAUUAAGGGUCCCGCGCGUGUUUCAGACCCUACAGCCAGGAGAUGAGAGACGGCUUCGUGCCGAAGUAAGAGCCCGUGCUCUCGCAGCAGCCAGGGAUACAGCACUAGUUGCAAGUCAUGCGUUAGCUGCAGCAAACGCCACAGCUAGGGAACAGGCUGCAGCAGCAGCCAGAGCAGCAGCAAUGGCUACCGCAGCAGCAUCCUCUGCUAUACCCUCGUCUGGUACCCAGUUGGAGAUGCCCCCUGGGCCCACGGGUACUUCCAGAUCAGUAGGUUCUGGUCAGUCCACAAGUCAAAUGGCGGGCUCGCAGUUCAGCCCGUUGACCCCACGCGGGAGGGAGCUUCAAGAGCUCCAGCAAGUUGAGAGGAUCCACGCACGGUUAGAGAGGGAACUGAAACAAGCAACCGAUAGAGAAAAAGAGAUCAAAAAUAGAACAGCCAGGCCUGAUACGUUAGAGGCAGACAAAGCUGCAUUAGAGGGUUUGGAUGAGUCAUCUAUGUCUGACCAAAUGAAAGUGUUGAAGGCUAGCAUACUGUCGCUGCAUGCGCACGUGGACAGCAGGCUGGACUUCAUGCAGAACUCUUUGGACCAAAUCUUGGACCUUUUGCAAAAGCCAGGAUUACGGCCAACAGCACAGUCACCGUUGCCCGGUGAUAGCUACACCAUCACCACAACAAACUGUUCCACCACAGGGACAGCAGCAAGGUCAAUGGUACCCAAAGACCCCAAUGAAACCGCCCCUUGCCUUCUCCGGGGAGAAGAAGGACGAGGAACUCAACACAUGGUUGAGAACAGUUCCAAUGUGGGUAGGGCAAAGAGGACUUUGCAAGAGGAGGAGGUGAUUACUGCUGCAUCUUACCUUGAGGGUAAGGCAGCCAAAUGGCUAGAUGGAAUAGUAGCGAAGGUCGGGUUCGGACGGCGCAUGGCAGACUGGGGUGAGACCCUUACACUAGAAGAGUUCUUAGAUAUGGUAGAAGCUCGCUGGCAUAAUCCGCAACAGGCACAAAUUGCCACUGACGCGAGAUUGGACCAGAGAAAGUACAAGUCAGUCAGAGAGCUAACCACUACCGUAGAGAACCUCGUCGUCGUUCCCGGUAUACGCUACGAUGACCAGGUCUUAUUGACCAUGUUUCUGAGAUGUCUGCCCGAGAAUCUCAGGACCUUACUAGCCAGCGAGGCUCGCCUCGAGUAUCAUUCCUUUGAGACCUUCUCUAGAAAGGCCUUAGAUUUAGAGGCUACUCUAGGAAGCGCUCAGCCUACUCCAACAGACGGAAGGAAGAAGAAGAGUCCACAGGAGUGGAAGAAGAAGGGGAGUCGAUUGAUGAUGGUUGAGUCUGAUGGGACCCAAACCGAGAUCGAUGAGCUUUCUAACCUGAUGGACAAUACAGAGUACGACGGCGAGGAAACCGCAGAGGGUAGCACCCUCGCCUCAGUAGUAAAGACUAAGGCAGGUGGCCGAGGGAAGGGCCAUCAAAAGAGUCAAGGGCAGACCGCCUCCAAUCAAGCCAAAGUUGUUGAUUGGGUCAAGGCAGGUCUUGAUCAGGAAGUGUGGCGGACCGCCGAGUGCGUGGUGCUUGCAUUAACUAUGGUGACGGACACACCCAGUACAAGUGCAAGAACGCAAAGAGGCCUCAAUGCCAUCACAGUGAAAAACGCAAAGCCUCUACCUCGCAUAGACGACCUAUUGGAUAGGGUGCAGGGAUGUAAAUACUAUAGCAAGAUAGACUUAAAGUCCGGCUACCAUCAGAUUGCUAUAAGACCUGAGGAUCAGCACAAGACUGCUUUUCAGACCCGAUACAGUCUGUACGAGUUUGUAGUGAUGCCCUUUGGCCUUUGCAAUGCGCCGGGUACAUUCCAGCACGCCAUGAAUAGGAUCUUCCAUGACUACUUAGAUAAGUUUGUCGUCGUGUACCUUGACGAUAUUCUUAUCUAUAGUAAGUCUGUCAAGGAGCAUGCACAACAUGUUGAGACUGUACUUUCACUCUUGCGACAGCACAAGUAUAAGGUCAACCUAGAGAAAUGUGAGUUCGGACGCACUAGGAUCUUGUACUUGGGUCAUGAAGUAUCCGCGGAAGGGAUUAGGCUGGAGGAUGCGAAGGUGGCUAGUAUCAGGGACUGGCCACGACCUCAGACUGUUACUGAGGUCAGAUCUUUCUUAGGGAUGUGCGGCUACUAUAGGAACUUUGUGGAGAACUAUUCCACAGCCGCCUCUCCUUUGACUGAUCUAACUCGACUUGACACGCCUUGGGACUGGAAUGAUGAGUGCGAGGCUGCUUUCAAACGAUUGAAGCAUGCACUCAUGAAUCAUGAGGUUCUCAUGGUGCCCGAUCCUCAGAAGCCAUUCAUUGUGACCACUGACGCAAGCCAAUAUGGCAUUGGCGCAGUGCUGGCUCAGUAGGAUGGGAAGAAGUUGACACCGAUUGAGUAUAUGAGCAAAAUGAUGCCAUCAAAGA